GAGCCCCAUGUGUUGUGCACCCCACAAAAACUUGCGCUUGCAAGAUGGACUCGCAAAUCUUUGAAGCUGGUCGUUACUUGAGCUAUGGCUUCCGGUGCCUCCUCUACAUGCUGCCGCCAAAGGAGCUGGCAUUGGUAGACGGGGACCGCGUUCCAAACUUGAUUGCCUCGCAUGGCAUUGUCAUGUUUUUUGUCCUCAUGGGUGCAGAGUUCGUGGCUGGGCAGUUUGUUCAGAGGAAGCUGUACCGCUUCAACGACUUUCUGAGCUGCAUAGCCUCCGGCACCUUCCAGCAGCUCUGCAUAGAGUGGCUCCACCGGGUGGCAAACCCCAAGAGCUGCUACAAAAUGGUGAACUCUUUGGUCAGCCAGAACAUGGUGGAUGUGAAGAAGCGGCCCAUCUUCUCCUGGACUUGCCUCAUGCUGGGCACAGACCUGGCGUACUACUGGGCCCAUCGCAGUUUGCAUGUCUUCCACGCCGGCUGGGCGAGCCACAGCGUUCACCACAGCGGGGAGGAUUACAACCUGGCAACGGCCCUACGGCAAGGAGCCUUGCAGAAUAUGAUGACUUGGAUCUUUUCCUUGCCCCUGGCGCUAUGCUUCCCCGCGGAAUCCAUUUUGAUACACAGCCAGCUGAACACUUUGUACCAAUUCUGGGUACACACAGAGCUGUGUGGACGCCUGGGCAUCUUGGAGUUCGUGCUGAACUCCCCUUUCCACCACAGGAUGCACCACCGGCCCCCCGGCAACUGCAACUACGCGGGGGUUCUGAUCAUUUGGGACCGGCUUUUCAAGACAUACAAAUGUGAAACUGAGCGCUUGGAUUAUUUCGGACUGGCGCAGCCAGCAGGCACAUUUGACGCUUUGGAGCUGAAUUUGCAGCACUGGCGGAAGAUGGGGCGCUUCAGCGUCCUUCGUGGGGGCUGCUUCUGGAAUGUGCUGCGCACCUCACUGGUUAUCCGAUCUCAUCACGAGCUGGGAGUGGCUCCCUGGAGCUUGUGGGAGCCCUUCGAAGAGAUGAAGACGGGCAGUUCCUGGUCCUUACCCACAUCGCCCACCAGGCCCAAGUACCAGGGGGCCAGCAUGGACUGGAGAUGGGCAGAGCUGCGGCAGUGGGCAUGUUCCUGGGUAGCUUCCUUUGCUUGCGGCGGGCUGACAAGUCGGAGACCCUUGCGCAGCUGAGCUGCUGUGUGGGCGGCGGCUUGAUGUGGACCUGUGCGCUUGGCAAGUUCUUGGAUACAGGGGCCUACGAUGCUGCCUGUGCAAGCAGGCUCCUGGCAGCUGCGAGCCUCACAGCUGCUGACAUUGGUUUUGGUGCUGCGGCUGCCAAGUGAGAAGCUGCUAGGGCUUCGACGCUUGUGGGCGCCUUGUGAC